CCAGCGUAUAGUACAUACACGUUAACUCUCUCGUCUCCCGAGUGUGAUUGUGAACUUUCUCCUCAUCAAUCAAACACACCCUCUUGGAUAGUACAGCCACAAAGUAGAGACUCUUGAGUUUUUCGGUUCUCCUCGCGGCUCAAACAAUUUCACUUCGAUCAGACUAUUUGUCCCCUCAAUAUAUAUUUACGUAAACUGUUUCAACAACAUCCUGCAGAGUCUCAUCAAGUCAUAACAAGACUAACUUAAAUAAGACUGCAUACAUUCUACACCCCUCUUUUUUGCCCAUCUUCUUUCUCUCGCUUUUGACAUCUUCAUCCUCAAGUUCAACUUUUACAAUGUCAUUUUCACUACUACAAGAUUCAUCUGAUUCGUCUUUCAGCUCCAUGGGAUCAGCCUCUAACUCUCCUCGCUCCUCAUUCGAAGACAAUUAUAAACCUCAUCACGGAUUUCAUCAUUUAUCAUUCACCUCACCUCCAGAUUCUCCAUUGAUCAAGCCUAAGCCAUCUUAUCAGCCUAUCAACAAGAGUUCAUCUAAAAAUGACAUCUUUGGAGUCUCUUGGAAUGUACCGGCUCCAAACGUACCUUUCAAUCGACCUCUUGUUUUACCUGAAAGCCUACCCACUGUGAUUCCUGAUUCACCGCCUUUACAUACCAACCAAGCUAUGCUCUCCUCUGGAUUACGCUUAAAACUUUUUCCUACACCAACUUAUCUACUUGGAAAUGGUAGACAUGCAACUGUUUAUGCAGCAGCUUUCUCAUCAACCAACAAAUCAACUUGGUCUUUAUGCGCUGCUAAAAGAACUGAGAUUGGUGAAGAAGCAACAGCGAUCACCGAAGCAAAUAUACUUACUAGACUUAAAUCUGGACCUCAUAUCGUUGGAUUUAUUGGAUUAGUUGAUGAAGCCUUAGCAUCUGAAACAAAACUCUCGAAAUCUAGACUGACACUCUUACUUGAAUAUUGCUCGGGUGGUACACUUUUUGAAUUUGUGGCUGAUCAAUCCAAUCGAAAAAAGAUGGGAAGAAAGCUCUGGAUCAAAUGGGCUAUUGAACUUGCUACGGCUGUUCAGUGGUGUCAUGAUCAUCAAGUUCUUGUUGGUGAUCUAAAACCGCACAAUGUACUCUUAACUAAUAAAUGUGAGAUUAAAUUAGCAGACUUUAAUCGAGCAAUAGUCAUGGAAGGAGAAUCAGAAGAUCACGAAGGAUAUAUUGGAACAUUAUCAUAUUCAGCACCUGAAUUAAUUUCACCAGAAGGAGGCAAGAUCAGAAAAGGAUCUGAUAUCUUUUCAUUAGCAUUAACAUUAUGGUAUUCACUUACUGGACGAGAACCAUAUUCGAAUAUCAAAAGACCAGUUGAAAUGAUGUUGAUGGUAAGCAGAGGUGGGUUUUGGGAAAACGAAUGUAGAAAUAGGCUAGAUUGUAUUGGAGAAGGAUUAGGAGAAAAGAUCCAAUUUGGAAGAAAGAAACAACUCAGUCAGAGUGCUAUUGCUGAACUUGUUGGACAUACUCAAUCGUUUGAAGAAGAAGAGGAAGAAAUGAUCGAACCUGAACUCGAAUCUACACCUUUAACACCAAGACCACAAACAAAGGUUUAUUCUGAUUCCAGUCCGAUCCUUUGGUUUUUGAAUAAAGAAGAAAUCGUAGAUGAAGAAAUCAUUAAACUUAUAAAAGAAAUGUGUGAACCUGAUAUCAACCUUAGACCUACUUUAUCAAACAUUAUUCAAAGAUUAAAAUCAUUAAUCAACGAAGUGUAAAUUAUUCAGGGAUUUAGGAGGUUGUAGUUUGAACUUUUUCGGACGAAUUGGAUGAAGUUUCUUGGUACAUACUUGAAAAAUUUAUGUAUCUAUCUUAUUUGUAAAGACAAUUUUUCGUUUUGCAUCUGUACAAAGUCGUUUUUUAAGUCUAAGUUUUUUUCGUAGUGAUUUGUUUGUUUUAUUAGCAUGAUGAAUGGUUUUAAAAUUCUUGAAAUGUUUUUUUAUCUUAAGCAUACUACCACAUCUUUGUUUUUGUUUUGUUUUGUAUUGCAUUAGUUUUGUUUUUCUCAAUCAUCAUCGAAAAGUUCAUAUAUAUCUCUAUUGAUUAUUUAUCUAUUUAAUAUCUUUGUUGAAUAGCAUAUAUAUAUCAAGUUUUUUGUAUUUCUACACUUGCAUAGAUUUAUUGAUAU